GGCCUCAACCUUCUCUCUCUCUCUCUCUCUUUCUCGUAGUGUGGCUGAAGAAAAAUUAGGCGGAUCCAACGGCUGUGAGAGGAUGAAAAAAUUGAUCAGACGGCUGGCGAAGGUGGCGGACUCCUCGCAGUACGAGCCGCUUGAAGCGGCGGGAAAAAGGGAUGCAAGGCGAGCGCGAGUACCGGCGGGUCAUAUUCCAGUUUUCGUCGGCGAAGAGAUGGAGCGUUUUGCGGUUCCAGCGGAAUUCCUCGGCCGACCGCCGUUCGUCGAGCUUCUCCGGCGAACGGCGAUGGAGUUCGGAUACGAUCAAGUCGGCGUUCUCCGGAUCUCUUGCUCAGUUCACCUCUUCCGUCGCCUUCUACUUACCGCUGAAACCGAUGCCGGCGACGAUUUCGUCGCCGAGGAGCUCGCCCGGCCCCUUCAGUACUCCGAUCACUCUGCUUGCUAGGGUUGGAUGCCAGAGAUUCUCCCAUGCUUCUCUCCUUCCUCCUGUUCUCUCAGUCCUGCCAAGAACUUUUUCCGUUUUUUUUCCGAUAAUUCGUGUUUCCCGUUUUGCCCUCCUUUGCUGUGGUCUAAGGGCUUAACAGUGGAAAUUGUUUAUGGGUAGAAUGGGUAUUUGCUUUUCUCACUUUUUUUUCAGCUCGAGAAAAUGGGUAAUGUGUUUAUAAUGGAAUUUCGUUAAAUGGAAAUUAAUCAGGGUUUGAAAUUUUGUUUA